AUGGACAGGAAGCCGGUGGAGGGAACCCGGUGGAGGGAACCCGGUGGAGGGAACCCAGUGGAGGGAACCCAGUGGAGGGAACCCAGUGGAGGGAACCCAGUGGAGGGAACCCAGUGGAGGGAAGCCAGUGGAGGGAACCCAGUCUCCGCUCUGCUCGUCCUGAACUCCACGCCCUUCACUCACUACCCCAACCCGACCUUUGACCCCCUGGGGACUGCUGGGAUCCUGGAGGUCAAACCGGGGUCACCCAUCAUCCUCAAGGGUAAGAACCUGAUCCCUCCGGCCCCCGGGAACAACCGUCUGAAUUACACGGUUCUGAUUGGAGAGACUCCCUGUCUGCUGACGGUGUCGGAGAACCAGCUGCUCUGUGAUUCGCCGGAUCUCACCGGAGAACAACGAGUCCUGGUGAGUGACAGGAGCUAA